GGAGGAUUCCCACUGUCAACAAUGCGCCACUUGUGGCUCUACACCCAAGCCACAGUUGAAAUCUUGCGGUGACGUGCUUUCGCAAAGCCCCGAGCAAAACCUACGCGGAGUCAGCGCCCCCUGACCACCUCAGAGCACCGUGAGUAACAAGGAUACAAAGAAGGCACCACCACCAUGCAUGUUGCUCUGCGGUGUGUCCAGGUGGUGUUUGCAAUGGUCCCGUCAACGCCGUCAGCGCCGCAGCCGGGGAUCCUGCUCGCCCACCUCGCGGUGGAGGUGGCUAUCGUGAGCUCUGCAGUCACCCUGCCGACAAUAUUCCUGCCCCACUACAUCAGGAACAAGUUUCGAGUGUCCGAGUACCAGGCGGUCGGCGCCCUCCUCCUGUCCACAUACCCCCUCUGCGAGUUCCUCGUGGCCCCUCUUGUCGUCACCUUUGCAAAGGCAUGCGGCCGGCUACCCCUCCUCUAUGUCGGAGCCUUCCUGCACGCAAUCGCCACGCUUCUCUAUGGUGUUAUGGACUAUAUGGUGCCCGAUGACGACCCCAGGCAGCUUGUAUAUUAUUUUCUGCUGGUCUUCUGUAUGGCUGUCGGUGCGACAAUGGCAAUCACGAUGUUCACGGCUGAGACCAUCGAUGCCUUCUCCAAGAGGGCCACAAAUCAGGCGAUGGGCGUGAGACAGGCGGCACUAUCUGCUGGGGCACUUCUCGGCAUGCCUCUUGGCGGCCUACUAUAUGACAUUGGGGGUUUCAUGGGGCCGUAUCUGUUUGUCUGCUCUUUCUCGCUGGUGUCCGCUCUGCUUCUGCCAUUCACAGUGGGCCUGCCAAGCUCCUCCAAACAAUUCCCCGACUCUCCUCUUCCUCGUCCCUUUGAGAGUCGCGUCAUAUUCAGGACUCCCUGCACGACACGUCAAAAGAAUGGAGACGAGGACCCGCGACAGAUCAAGUCGGAUGGAGAGGAGCCGGACGGCUUUGCCAAGUGGUACGGCUAUAGUCCCGGCGAAGGAGACACGGAUGCCGUCAUGGAAGUGGCGACGGAACACACGCCCAUUCUCCGCUCGCGUGGGUCUCCUCGCGCUGAUGAGGACUCAUGCACACCAGCAAGCGGAUCGGAGGACGAGAGAACGAGGAACAGCACUGGCCGUGCUUGCCGUGCUGCGUCGACCGUGACGGUGUCCUCGAGUGCUCUGUGGGCCCUAUCGACACUCAACGACCCGUGUGUGAUAGUUGGAUGUCUGACGGCGCUAAUGAAUGGCUUUGCAAUGUCAUUCUACUGCCCAAUCAUCGGAGAGCCGCUGUUUCAGUCGUUGCAGACCUCCUCUCAUCUCAACGUCGGCUCACUCACCUGCAUGUGAGUCAGAGAAAAGAAGAAGAAUCUGAAGAAAUCAACAGACGCUGCAUUUUCCUGCCCCAUCUUCCGCUUUCAGUAUUGUCUUUGCCCGUCUCGUAUCGUCUUGGCCCGUGGGUGCCCUGGCAGAUCGCAUCGGAGGCCUGCCCGUGCUCACAUCAGGAUACAUCGUCACAGGUAUCGCCUAUGGCUCUUUCGCAUGCUGGCGCCAAGGCAUCCAGUGGGCAGGGCAUCCUACCGCCGUCGGUCUGCCGUCAACCACGAGGAAGCUGGUGAUGAUAUCCGUAUCGGUCUUAUCGCUCGGAGCGCUCGGUGUUGGUCUUAGUCUCAUUGCAACCCCUUGUCCGGUCGUCAUUCGGGAUUUCCUCCUUCGCGAGGGGCUACGUCAAACGGAGGCCUCCAUGCUCACGGCUUCAUAUGAGUGGGGCAUGGUCGCCUUGGGCGCUUCGGCACGCUUGCGGGAGGCGGUAUAGAGAUGGUCGCCGGCUUCACUGGGGCAACGGCGACGUGUGGUCUUGCCAUGUUGCUGUAUGGGUUGUUUUUGGUGUUAUUUUCCUCGCGAGUGGCCGACAUGAAAAGUGAGCUGCCGCAGACGUAUGAGAGGCUUGAUGCAUUGCAAAAGGGCGCAGAUAAGCGUCAUUGGCUGGAGCGUGAGGGGACGGGAUCCACUUAUGGAUCUAGUGCGCACGCGUCAUAUGAUUCGCUCGACUCAUCUGCUGCCAUAGGACAGGGGGACAGAAGCGGUGGAGGGGCGUAAAAGGGAAUGGAUGUUGCUUCUGACGUCUCUGUGUGCGUGUUCAUCUGCAUGUACUGUACACGCCUCCAUCAAUCGCAUUGUGUACA